GAUGAGUUUGACGUCCGUGAUAGAGUGAUGCAAGAUACUAGCAUAGCAUUCAAAGACACCAUCGGUAUCGAUCAGCUCGAGAUGUUCGUCGAUUUCGUCCUCAACUACUUUCCAGGUGUUGGUACCCAGGUAUCUGCGGACACGAUGAUCUCUGGCAUGCACAAAUACUUUCAAGAUGACAUAUGUGGGCGAGACCUCUUGACACUUGCUUUGAUCCAGAAGGUACAGACCACGAAUCAAUCUUUCUCGAUUGAAUUAUCACCUUCAACAAGUACUACUAUGUCUGUCCCUGGUGCUUUUCCCUCAUCGAUUCCUGCAACGCCCGACUCAGAGGUCAAUGCUGCUGUUACGGUCGAUAAGCAGCUCGUAUCUCCGCCACCAUCGACUAGAACCUCGACACAUUCUACAAUUCAGAAGAAUGCCUUCGGUGUCUCUGGAAAUCCCCUUGAGCAAGAGAAGAUUCUCUCGCAACUGGACAAGAUCAGUGUCAACGGCCAUGCUUUCGAUCCAGAUACUCCAACCAAGGAUAAACGUGUCGUCCAGCCACAAACACCCGCUGUCGCCACCACUAGCCUUGUAGCGGAUACUUCGCCUAACGGUAGAAACCUCGAUCAUCAACAGCCUGGUGCCUCCUCAGACCGCCUCAAGGUGGAUAGUUUGGAACCUGGUUCUCUUUCCUCAGACUCUGACUUCAUGUGCUCACUGGGCUCGCUGCCCCUCAAGGAUCUACCUUGGAAGUUGAAUGAAGAGGAUCUCCGUAAAACAAAUCAAUGCAUCGAAUUGUGGAAGAAGAUUAAGGCGAAAGGCGUUUCGCAGGACCUCUCCAAUAUCAAACCAUACCAGGUGAGGCAAGAUGCUUCCAAAGUUCGUCCCACAGUCGAGUGUCUCAUUGAAGUGUUGAAAAAUCCAAUGGUCCUGCUCUUCUUGCGUCACAUUGCUAUCAUCACACAGACUAUUCUAUUGGAGUACCCGGAUACAUGCUUCAGCUUCGACUUGCAAGUCGUGCUCGUUUGGGAUUGCAACAAGCACGAUGACGUUGUUUCCAUCACUCAGAGCACAACCUCACAAUUCGCCAAGGUAUAUGGACUUGCUCGAUUCCUAACUCUCUGCUCCGGUGACUUUACAUCCUAUCGCGAUACCUUAGCACUUUUGCGGUACGUCACCUGGUGCAGUCAUAUAUCUGGCGCCGAGUCCUGUAUCGAUCCGUGCUGCGUUGAGGCAGAAACUUCCUGUCAGAACAACCACCGCAAGAAACACCACGCUAUGAUCGACGGUCGCCAAGACCCGCCUUGCGAUGAAGAGAGGAAAUGCUUCCGGCCGAAGAACAUCGUCACCUAUACCCAGGGCCGUGGCGGGCAAGAAGGCCAUUCACGCCACCACAAGUUCAAUCUCACGUCUCUCGACAAGAACGAUCUCGGCAAAUACGCCGAUUGGAUCCGGGGGGCCCUUCGCAUUGCAUUUCACACAUCUCACACAUCUCGGACCGGCCUCGCCCAGCAAGACCGCCCCCCUCAAACGGGGGUGGAGCUGUCGGCAGAGCCUGGGCAAGCGGAUGAGAAUGCCGAUACAAGUGAUGAUAUUGUCUCGGAGGUCAGCGGAGCAAAGCAGCAAGAUCAAGAAGACGAGAGCGAUAGUGACGACGAGGAUGGCGGACCGCUUUCGGUUACCGACAAGAGGACGAGGAAGACCGGCCUAGUGAACGAUGAUCUCAAACAUGAGCCACAAGACUGGUCGUAUAUCGGACCCGGGUCUGCUGAACACGUCGACGUCGUCGAACAGAUUGCAUCUAGGCUCCAGCAACAUCGUUUCAGGUCUACCCAGGGCCUGUACUCCAGGGGCGCCAGUUUCUUCACAUGCUUUGAUUGUCCUCAUCUAAGAGGUUGGCCAGCAGUCACGCCGUUCCUUGCUCACUUCGAUUACGUUCAUAAGAUAUCCAUGGGACGGUUCAAGGAGUCGUUCAGACCGCUUGUCUGCGACUGGUGCGAUGAGAGUUACGUCUCUACUGCUUCAAUGGCUAAUCACCUUCAUUCUUGUAGCGUAUUGCUAGGCUCAAAGAAAAGAGCCAAUGUCAAGUGAGUUUGCCCUGACGACCGCCACUGGUGGAGCAGCGGAAUUCUUACCCUGUCGUGGAUGGGUUAUCGUAGUAAUGUCUUUUUGUUUGAUAUUUUUUGCGCCUUCUUUCUCUUUGUUGUUGAUACUAGAUGCUAGGUCGGAUCGGGGAGGUUAUCAGUUAUUGUUGCGCUGUCUUGGCAUGUCACCUUGGAGUUUUUGUACGCCGCGCUGCCGGCUGAAUAUUUACCUGCUUCGAAUGGUCUUUAUCGCUUGUAAAAUUUAUUAUAGUCACAAGAAUAAAAUAGAUACCUGGAAGUGCCACCACGCUUGGCUUGAUUG